AUGGCGACAGCAACACAGACAUUGCCCACAACGGCAAUUGAACUACCCAAUCUACACCACAGCAAGGAGCGCCAGCGAAACUUAGGGUCCGUCCCAGAAUCAGUUGAAGAUGACAUUAUGCGGGAGUCUUUAAUUGCAGACUCACAAGUUCCUGAUGGGGGCUAUGGCUGGGUUCUUAUCUUCGCUUGCGCGGUCGUGACGUGGUGGUUUGUGGGCGCUUCUUAUACUUGGGGCGUCAUGCAAGCGGAGCUUGUCGACAAGAAGGGCUAUUCAUCCUCGACGCUAGCAUUUGUGGGCUCGCUUUGUCCAGCUUGUAUCUCGCUCUUGGCUGUUCCAAAUGCGACAGUUAUUCGCAAGAUUGGCGCGCGAGUGACUGCGCUCUUGGGGAUAUUCUUGCUUGGACUGGGGAGCAUUCUCAGUGGAUUUGCGGUGGAUAGUGUUGCCGGGUUGUUUAUGACUUGGGGAUUUGUUGGCGGGCUUGGAACUAGUUUGUGCUUCAUGGUCGUCUCUGUGACUCCGGCGCAAUACUUCAAGGCAAAACGCGGCAUCGCCAAUGGCAUCGUCUAUGCCGGUGGUGGACUCGGUGGAACAGUGAUCAGUUUCAUUCUCAAUGCUCUCCUUGAAAGUGUUGGCAUCGCGUGGACCUUCCGGAUUCUCGGGUUCCUGAUCAUAGGAACCGGUCUGCCAGCGGCGUACCUGAUCAAGGAACGAGCCCCGAUCAAGCAAGCCAAGAUGAUUGAAUGGAGUCUCUUUAAGGAUGUGCGCUUCGCCGUGCUCUUUGCAGUCGGUGCUAUUGGUACAUUCCCACUUUUCGUGCCGGCCUUCUUCCUACCCCUGUACACGAAUUCACUGGGUCUACCUUCCAGUGCUGGAGCUGGUCUUGUCGCUGCAUUCAACUUCUGUUCUGCCAUUGGACGUUUGUCGUGCGGAUUUGCGUGCGACAAGCUGGGCUCGUUGAACACCCUCUUCUUGUCGUUGCUGCUUAGUGCGUUGAGUAUUUUCGUGCUAUGGCCCGUUUCGACUUCUAUCGGACCUCUGAUUGCGUUUGUGGUUAUUAAUGGCGCGGCAAAUGGUGGGUUCUUUUCAACUAUGCCGACAGUUGUUGGAAAUGUCUUUGGUUCCGCUAGAGUGUCGGUUGCCGUUGGCAUGAUCGUGAGUGGGUGGUUGGGUGGUUAUCUCCUGGGUGCCCCGAUUGCCGGUUAUAUUCUCAAUGCCUCUGGCGGGCAAGCAGGCGGUAUUGGCGCCUAUCGACCAGCCAUCUUCUACGCUGGAUCCAUGGCUACCGCUGCGACCCUUUUGGCUGCGGUAGUGCGAAUCAAGGUCGAUCGCAGAAUCAAAAAGACAGUUUGA